CCGAAAUCAUCGAGUGCAGGUGGUAUUCGUCUGGCGAACGACCGCUGGCGUGCGGGAUUCGGCGGUGGGGUGAUGAUGCAGAACGGCGGUAUGAAUAUGAAGAGCUCGAUGAUGUUCAAACAGUUCAAUCGACGCACCAAAAUUGCUCAGAAUAUGCAGAAAAUUUAA